AAGAUUUUAUGAUAACCCUUAUUAUUCAUACACCAACCAUCCACAUAUCUAUCUAUCUAAUAAAGCUUUUCUCUCCAAACCCUACCUUUAAAUUUUAAAGUUUAGGUAAAAUGGCCACUAAGCGGCUUGCUUCUGAGUUCGAAAACGACGUUCCUCCAAAGGAAAAAAGGAUGAAACGCAUGUCUUCUGUGAUCGGGGAAGUGAUGAGGGUGAAGUCUGUUGAAUGCUUCUUCAAUUCCAUUGAACCUCUGCUUAGACGUGUGGUUAAUGAAGAAGUGGAACGUGGAAUCCAAAAAACCAUGCGCAGCAUUACCAGAAUCUCCUCAUUCAGAUUGCAAGCUCCAGAACCACCUUGUUUGAAGUUAAUGUUUGCAAAUAAACAUUUGCCACAAACAAUAUUUACAUGUAACAAGAUAUUAGACAAUAAUAAAGAACCACUAAAACUUAUACUUGUAGAAAAAAUAGGCGACCAGAUAAAUUACAAAAUUUUACCUCGCCCUAUUAAGGUGGAAAUUGUAGUAAUUUCUGGUGAUUUUCCGUCCACGGACCGCGAUGCGUGGUCCGUGGACGAGUUUAAUAGUAAGAUCAUAAAAGAAAGAUUAGGAAGACGACCACUCAUCACCAAAGAUGUGAGCUACACUAUUAGGAAUGAGAAUUCUGUAACUCUAGGUGAAUUAGAGUUUACAGACAACUCUAGCUGGAUUCGUAGUAGGAAAUUCAGACUUGGUGCAAGAGUUAUUUCUGAGACAUCUCAUGGUUCAAGAAUACUUGAAGCGUUGACUGAGGCCUUCAUUGUCAAAGAUCAGCGUGGCGAAGUAUACAAGAAGCACUAUCCACCAGCGCUUGAUGAUGAGGUAUGGCGUCUAGAGAAGAUUGGUAAAGAUGGCAAAUUACACAAAAGACUAGAACAAGCUGGCAUAAAAACUGUUCAAGAUUUUUUGAAAUUAUCCGUUGUGCACCCAACUAAACUCAAGAAGAUACUAGGUGGGAAGUCAUCAGGAAUGUCGGAUAGAAUAUGGGAUACGAUAUUGAAGCAUGCUAGAUCAUGCAACAUUGGCAACAAACUAUACUUAAGUCGUGUAUCCAAUUGUACCAUCAUUUUGGACGCUAUUUGUAACAUUGAUAGCAUCAAUAUUGAUGGCCAAACAUACUCAACUCCAUAUAUCGAAGACUCUCACAAGAACGAGAUUGAUGAGUUGGUCAAGAACGCGUAUGAAAAUUGGGAUUCCUUGCAAGAGGUAGACAAACCACGCGAUGAGUCUUUGCAACAAUUUCAAGGGAAUAAUAAUGAGGCAGAGCGCGGCAAUCCUCAGCAGUGUGCUAUCCCAUAUGACAUCGGAGUUGGUGGACAAAUUGAAGAUGUUGGUGUUGAUAUAAUCAACAGUAAUCUACCAAUAGAAUUUGGUGUUUGGGACGAAUCCCCCCAAAUGUUGCUCUAAAAGAUGGUAAAUUAGAAGCACUAUAGUUGAUGACUUUUGGUGUGCCCUGGCCCAAUUCUGGCAGCAAAUGCUGGCUUGAUCACGAGACUUAGAAGUACGCGCUCUUUGGAGGGAAGUCCGGCCCCAUCCGUAAUCAGCUUUAAGAUAGAGCUACAUGUAAAUACUUCAUAUGAUUUUAUUACGGUAUACUAGUUUGUACUUUGCAGUUUGCAUCAAACCUGUCUAUACACUAAAUUUCCUCUUCAA